AUGGGAUUUAGUGGCUAUUUGGCUGCGCCUGGGAAAUGCCUCGUGGUGCUCGGACUUAAAUUGUUAUUCCUUGUACCUGCAGGAGUUCCGGCGCGAAGCGGGGACUCCGUAUUGAAGGACAACAUCACCGUAAGACAAGGGGACAGCGCCGUGUUAAAAUGUAACGUGGACAGCAAAGUCUCUCGAGUGGCAUGGCUGAACCGCACCACCAUCUUGUUUGCGGGGAACGAGAAGUGGUCCCUGGAUCCUCGGGUGGUCCUGGUGGAGAACACAGCCGUGACGGAGUAUAGCAUCAAGAUCCUGAACGUAGAUGUCCACGACGAGGGUCCCUACGUCUGCUCCAUCCUCACCAACAAGAAGCCCAAGUCCACCAAGGUCCAUCUCAUCGUGCAAGUUCCAGCCCGGAUCACAAACAUCUCCAGGGACGUGACAGUGAACGAGGGCAGCAGCGUCAGCCUCAUGUGUUUGGCCAUUGGACGACCUGAAGCCAACAUCAUGUGGAAGCACCACUCGCCCAGAGGGACUCACAGGUUCUUGACGGAGGGAGAGCAUCUGGAGAUCACAGGCAUCACCAAAGAGCAGUCAGGAGCAUACGAGUGCAUCGCCUCCAAUGACAUCUCCAACCCCGACAUCCGGACAGUCCAAGUCACCGUCAACUACCCUCCAUACAUCUCCAAAGCUAGAGGUACGGGAACAGCGGUGGGACAAAAGGGCGUGCUACAGUGCGAGGCAUCGGCGGUUCCGAGAGCAGAUUUCGAGUGGUACAAAGAAGACCGCAGACUUUUCAAUGGACUGAACGGAGUACGGAUUGAGAAUCAAGGCAGACAGUCCCUCCUGGUUUUCUUUAACGUGUCCGAGGAAGACUACGGCAACUACACCUGCGUGGCUACCAACAACAUGGGCAUCACCAACGCCAGUAUAAUCCUCUAUGGUCCCGGGGCGAUGCACGAUGUGAAUGGGGCGGCGGUGAUCCCUGGCUGCUCCCUAUGGCUCCUUCUCUCUUUAAGCUCCUUCUACCUGCUCCAGUUCUGA